AUGGUUCGAACUCUCCCGCCAGUGGCCGGGGCCCGUCAGUGUCUCUCUGGUUCUCGCACGGGGAACAUCAUCGGAACAGCUCGGUCUGCUCGCGCCACACGGCUCCGUUCCUUGUCCCUCCGGAUCACGUCGGGUGUUGGUGUCGCGGGACGCAACGCGUCGCAUCGAAAGACAGCUCGGAGCCGCCGCGAGUCCGUCGGCACGACCGAGAUUACCGAUUAAGGACGGCGAUCGUCGCGGGCUGGUCCUCGUAGGGCGCCAGUUCGACCCGUCUAAAUGAGACUGUUCUGCGGCUAGACCGAAAACUCCAUUCCUCCUCCCUUCUCCCUCCCUUCUAAUCCUUCUCCUCAUUUUUAUUCUCGGUUCACCCCGCGCAGUCGAGUGACCGCGAUCGAGUUCAUCGGUCAUGGAGCCUGGAUCCUAUUGGAGACUGCUGCUCUGCUGGAUAUGUGCGCUCGGCGCUGCUCGCGCGAACGUCCAGAGCAAAGUGAGAUGCUCCGAGCAGUGGAUGGAGGUCGACAUCGUGAGGAGCAGUCCCAGGGCGAGCAUAUAUCUGCAGCAGCUGAAGGACUUUCCAGACGAGGCCUGCAAGCCCCGGCUGAGCAACGGCGUCGCCACCUUCCGGUUGUCGCUGAGCGAGGAGGACAUACAACGCUGCGGCAUCACGAAAGUCGUUAACAAAGUCACGGGUCAGAAGGUGUACUUUCAUCGGAUAAUAGUGGAGGAACCGGCGGACACCAGCAAGCACACGUUCACCGUGAAGUGUGUCAUCACCGAGGUCCUCGUCAAGCCUGGGAUCUCGAUCGCGUCGAAUCACACGACGGUGCGGCGCAGCGUCUUCCCCGCCGGCUUUCAGGAACCCGACAUGGUCGAGAUCAGGGACGAGAUCUCGGAGUCCGCUCCCAUGCCGAUUCUAGGGGUGGGCGUUCGGCAAGGUGGCACCCUGGUCACCGGCGAGCUCAACGUCAGCCCGGGCACGCCUCUGCAGAUGGAGAUCUACCUGGACAAGCACUCGGCGCCCGUUUACGGGCUCCUGGUCAGCCACAUGCUGGUGACCGACACGAAGUCGCAGGAGGAAACGAUCAUCACCAACGGCUGCUGCGUGGACUCGUACCUCUUCGACAACUUCAACACCGUGGACGGUGACUUCCUGACAGCGAAAUUCCGGGCCUUCAAGUUCCCGGAAAGCACUUACGUGCAGUUCCGCGGUACCGUGAACGUCUGUUUGGACAAGUGCCAAGGGAUCGAGUGCAUCAACGGCCAGGUGGGUUUCGGCCGCAAGAGAAGAGCCAUAGAAGCAUCGAGCAACGACAAGAACAAGAUCUUCGAAGUGACCAUGUCUACGUUCAUCAAGGUGGACUUCGAAGCGGAUGCCGUCGUCGACAAAGCCCUGUCGGAGCUGUACAUCAGGAAGGGCAAGAACCGAACGAAAGCCCGCGCUGUGAUGGCCGAGGAGGUCAGGGAGCAGGCCGCGCCGACCACGAUCAGGACAGAGGAGCGGGCCUUUAUAGCGCAAGAGGUGAACGAGCAGUUCGAGUACAAGGUCACCAAGACGGAGACCAGCGGCUCCUCGUGUCGAACGAUAGCCCCGGGCCUAGCCGUCGCUCUUCUGUCUCUCUGCAAGCUGUUGUAAAGCUCGGAAGGAACGACUUCGGGGACGACGAACGAUCGCUGAUUGUAAAUAGAAAGCCGAGCCGGCCGGGUUCGGGCGAAUCGUCGAGGAAACGGACCGGCGAUCCAGCCGGACUUUAGCAUAAUUCUUUUCCUUCAUACGUAGAACGGUGUCUCGAUUGGAGAUUCGACUCCCCGCGGGGGAGUCAACUGUACGACGAAACGAUCGCGAUGCUUCGAUUCUGGGUUCGAUAGGAACGUGCUCAAGGUAUUUCUCCGCUCUGCGACCGUCGGAUUUUCGUCCACCACGCUCCCCUCUGUCCCCACGACUCUCAUUCUCCUUCCCGCGGGUCUCUUCCUCUAGGGUGCACGCGACCGAACGCGGCCCUUCGACGAUAGCGGCGGCUGCGGGCCGCUACGGGCCGCGCCGCCGUCGAGAAAAUCGACCUUUGCGAGCGGAGAAUGCCGACGACCUAGUCGCGUGACCAGCUGUAACAUCGCGGCGCGUCUUCGAGCGAACGUAGGCAAUCACAGAGGUACUUAAUCGCUGCUACAAUAUCCGAGCGUAACUAUAACGGAACGCCGCUAGUGUAAAAUAGCUAUUAACGAAGAGGGGGCCGGACGAACACGUCGUAUCCGAGCUCUCCCGUUGUUCCUUGCUCCGUGCCGGGACGAGGGGCAGAGAAGAAGGCUAAUGAAAACGCGCGUCGAAACAUACAAAAACACGCAUAUAACUUGGAUUUCUUUAACACUCGUGUAUACAUGACGACCCCGUAUAAAAAAAUAUAUAUUGUAUGUGUAUGUA